AGUGCUUCGAGGUUGAUUCACGCAUACGGCGUAAUUCGACUCCGCCUCCGAAGUGGCACACUAUGCACAACUAACACCACUUAUAUAUUACAUUAAAAUACAAAUGAAAUAAAGGUUAAAUCGUACGACUUAUGCCAGAAGCUACUUGUCAAUUAGCAUGAGCUCCGAGCUGAUUCUGUUGUGGAAACUGUGAAAAUUUACAACAAAUCCGUGUGACGCCGCUGCAACUCGAUCUGGAACAGCUGCGAGCAGCAACAAACAAGCCAGGCCAGCGGAUACAUAAACAAGCACAAGCUGCAGCCCGCUACUACCCCUCGUAGCCAAAACCGAACCACCACCACCACUUGCACCACCCAACUACCAAUAACAACAACGUCAACCCAUCUGUAACCGAAAACCUCCGCAGUUGAUAUUAUAAUUCCUAACGAAAACUCCGCCAGCUCCGUCAACAUGGCACUGGACUUUGUGGCCACCUAUAAAGUUCUGGUGCUGGGCGACUCCAAUGUGGGCAAGACCUGCAUCGUUCACAGAUAUUGCGAUGAAAAGUACUACGACACAUACAUCUCUACGAUAGGCAUUGACUUCAAGCAGAAGCUGAUUAACCUCGAUGGAGUACCCAUAAAGCUGCAAAUCUGGGACACGGCUGGCCAGGAGAGAUUCCGAACAUUGACCACGGCGUACUAUCGGGGCGCCAUGGGCAUCCUACUCAUGUACGACGUGACCAACUUGGAGAGCUACAACAACCUGUCCUACUGGUUACGCAACAUCCAGGAGAACGCCUCGCCGGACGUGGUAAAGGUGCUGGCGGGCAACAAAUGCGAGUGCUCCGCCACCCAGCGCAUGGUGGACAAGGAGAGGGGCGAAAAGAUUGCCGAAAACUUCGAUAUGCCCUUCUUUGAAGUGUCUUGCAAGUCCAACAUCAAUAUCGAAGAUGCCUUCCUGUCCCUGGCCCGUAAAAUCCGCGAGCAAAGGGAGCGGCGGGGGGACAACUUUGAUAACGAUGAGAGCAAAGACAAGAAAUCACCCGGCUCCAAUGGCCUAGGAACCUUCAGUCUGGGCAGCCUUUCCGGCGAGAAUCGCUGCACCUGCUAAAUACUCAGCGAUGGAUUACGAUGCGACCGCAACCGCAAACCGCAGAACCUGAGCAAGUUGUCCAAAGCUAUUGAGCGUUGUAGCAUUGUGGCCAACUUCGCGAACGGGCCACCUUUUAGAUGCAAACCAGUUAAGGGACUGGGCUGCCUGCAUUGCAUUCCUGAUGGAAGUGAAGCAUUCAGUUUGUGCAUUUUUAGUCCAAGAGAAGAUAGCAUAAAUAUUUUAGCAUAUUCCAGCAAAUACAUAACAGUCGAAUAUACAUGCAUAUUGUCUCGAUUCCAAUAAUUAUAAUGUAAUGCUAAAUAUAAACACAUUUAUACUCGU